GCAGUCGUCCUUCCGAUCAAGAAAGGGAAAGCCAUCUCAAUACUCCACCGCUCUCAUGGCGGCGUCCGCCAUGGUUAUCGACCCAAGGAAGCCCUCCGUCUCCGCCCUCCCGCGCGUCGACGCGCUCCUCUCUCCCGUCCCGGUCGCUGACGAAGAGGACGACCUUUACGGCCGCCUCAAGUCCCUCCAGCGCCAGAUCGAGUUCAUCGACAUUCAGGAGGAGUACGUCAAGGACGAACUCAAGAACCUCAAGCGCGAGCUCCUCCGCGCCCAGGAGGAGGUCAAGCGGAUCCAGUCCGUCCCCCUCGUCAUCGGCCAGUUCAUGGAGAUGGUCGAUCAGAACAACGGCAUCGUCGGAUCCACCACCGGGUCGAACUACUACGUGCGGAUCCUGAGCACCAUCAAUCGGGAGCUUCUCAAGCCCUCGGCCUCCGUCGCACUUCACCGCCACUCCAACGCGCUCGUCGAUGUGCUGCCCCCCGAGGCCGAUUCUAGCAUCUCGCUUCUUAGCCAGUCCGAGAAGCCUGACGUAACCUACAAUGAUAUUGGGGGUUGUGAUAUUCAAAAGCAGGAGAUUCGUGAAGCUGUUGAGUUACCUUUGACUCAUCAUGAUCUGUACAAACAAAUUGGUAUAGAUCCACCAAGAGGUGUGCUUCUCUAUGGUCCACCUGGUACGGGUAAAACCAUGCUUGCCAAGGCUGUGGCUCAUCAUACAACUGCUGCCUUUAUAAGAGUUGUUGGGUCUGAAUUUGUUCAGAAGUAUUUGGGUGAGGGUCCGAGGAUGGUGCGGGAUGUGUUUCGUCUUGCUAAAGAAAAUGCCCCUGCAAUCAUAUUUAUUGAUGAGGUUGAUGCUAUUGCUACUGCACGUUUUGAUGCACAAACUGGAGCAGACAGGGAAGUUCAGCGUAUCCUCAUGGAACUGUUGAAUCAGAUGGAUGGAUUUGACCAAACGGUGAAUGUAAAGGUUAUAAUGGCAACUAACCGAGCUGAUACUCUAGACCCUGCACUUCUCCGUCCGGGUAGGCUCGAUCGCAAGAUUGAAUUUCCUUUGCCUGACAGACGACAAAAGAGGCUAGUAUUCCAAGUCUGCACUGCAAAAAUGAAUCUCAGUGAUGAGGUUGACUUGGAAGAUUAUGUUUCCCGGCCAGAUAAAAUCAGUGCAGCUGAGAUUGCUGCCAUUUGCCAGGAAGCAGGGAUGCAUGCCGUUAGAAAGAAUCGGUAUGUGAUUCUUCCCAAGGACUUUGAGAAAGGUUAUCGGGCCAACGUGAAAAAGCCAGACACGGAUUUUGACUUCUACAAAUAAGGGAUACAGUAGGAUGCCUUGUUUCUGAUCUCUUAAUCUGUGUCUGGAUAACAAUGUUUUUAUAUGUAUCAUUUUAAGUUGGUUUCAGAACAUCAUUCUUGCAUGUUAAGAUUGCUUGUAACCUAGAUGGAACCUUACACACAAAUUUGUUGGUGCUGAUUGCACUGGGAACAUGAAAAUUAAAUUGAAGGCUUUUUAAUCAGCAUGAUGAACCAA